ACUCGCUCACUAUUUUUGAGAUAUUUGCAUCUGAUUCUACAUGUAAGUGAAUUGAAUUUGUACUCUGGUUAGAAAGGGUCAGAUUACAAAAAAUGUAUAUGUAUCCUUCGUUUAGGAUCUGGUUAACGCACAGAAUUUCUACUUCUCUCGCUACCUCUAUUACAUAUAGGUAUAGCUUUUGACCGUAGCAUAUCCUGAUACUGAUACAUGUGAAUUCAUUUGAGAAAAUACUUUUAUACUUGUGAUGUAAAAUUUUUAUACUUGUGAUGUAAAAUGAGUAUAUAUAUUUUGUAUGACUAUAAAUCAUUGUAUAAAGUUAAAUUGUUUUCAAAUAAGUAAAGGUUAUUUUAAAUUGAAACGGAGGGAGUAUAAUUUUAAUAUAUUACUAUUGUCAGGAUUAAAACCUGCCGUGUUUCAGAAAAAGAGCGUGCAACAUUUGUUUCUUGAAAGCUAAAGGCUUUAUGUUAAUCAGUAGUUAUUGGGGAUUAUAGUAGAAGUUGUUUAAUCUUAGUGUUGAUAUUAGUCCAAGCAGUGAAGAAUUUAUUAAAUGAAAGAAUGUCUGCCGGCUCUUGGAUGGCGUAACUCUUUCAAAUUCUUAGCAUUCCCCGGACUGUUUCCAUGGGGCAAUUACAUCACAUUAAUUCACCAUCAUAAAUUAACAGGAGGUAUAGAAUUACACCUAUGGGCUCUCUUUUUUACUUUUUAUACUCCAUGUUUUAGCAUUUAGAAACAAGGAUGAUUCAUAGAAAAGGGACAUAUUGCUCAUCUUAUGUCUCCUCCCUUGUCUAUUUGGAAUGUUUCAACCCCGCACCCACAAACCACAUCCUGUUUCUCUCACACACAACAGUAAAAUUCUGUUAGUGUGCAAAAGAAAGAAUCCUUCUAGACCAACACACAUUUUGGGCGUGCAACUGCUUUUUCUCUGACUCAUUUUUAGUGGCUGUCGAUAUUUUCCCAAGUGUUGUGUGCGUACUAUCGCUUAUCUUUGAAGUACAGAGGUUUUCUCGGAUAUAUUUGUUUCCUUUCACGUUUUAUCCUUAAAAGUUACAUGGAUUUGUCUGGUCUCUUGUUUCUUGAGUAUUCAGUUUGCAUGAGAAUAAAGAUUGAUUCUUUAGCAGCUUUGAAGGAUUUGUAGAUAUGGUUACAAUGAUUUGGAAAACAAUCAAAUUUCUAGAAUCAUUUCUGCUUCCAAGCUUUGCAGAGGGGACCCUUUGGGUCAAAAAUUGAUUCAAGCACCUUUUUUUUUUCUUGUCUUGAAAUAAAUCCUUCCAAGGUUGACCGUUUAUCCAAGAAUAUUGAAUUAAUAUAAUUUUAAUCAUGCAAGAGCAAAUGAGAAAACAUCAGGAGGAGCUAAAGACAUUGAAGAAAUUGUAUAUUGAUACUGCUCAAGAAGCAUUGAAGGUUAGACAAAACAAUAUCAAGUCUUUGGAGUUGGAGCUAGAGAGAGCAGAACAGUCUCAUCUUAAGUUAGCAGAGAAAGAUGAUAGCUUAAGGAAAUUGAAAGAGGAAUUGAGUAAUGCAAAAGAGAAUAAGGCUCAGGCAAUGGAUGUAUUAUCCCAUUUUAAGAAAAGGGUUUAUGAACUAGAAGCUGAAGUAGCAAAUAGAAGAUUAUCAGAGUCUAAAGUAUUCGAUUCAUUGGCAUCACAGACAAGAGAGUUUGAGCAAACUACGAUUGAACUUGAAAAAUCUAAGGUUGAGAUAUCUUCCCUUCAUGAGAAGAUUGAAUCACUAGAGGCUUCGUCCGAGCAAAAUAUCAGGCACGUGAAUUGUUCUUGCGAUGGGAAGAUUGCUAAUUCGUUGGCGAAGGAAGUGGGAUGCCUAAGGUUUGAACUUGGAUUGGCGAAGGCGAAUUUGGAUAAGAUUCAAGAAAGAGAGAAGUUCGCUUCUUUAAAAGCCAAGGCUUUGAGUGAUGAGAUGAUCUUGGUUAGAAAAGAACUUAAAUUGGCAACUGAUGCAGAAGAAAAGAGCCAAAAGGCGUUGGAUGAUUUAGCGUUAGCGUUGAAGGAAGUUGCAAGCGAAGCUACUGUAGCCAAACAGAAACUUAGUGCUUCUCAGUUAGAAUUAGAACAAGUAAAAGAAGAGGCAUUACAAUUGAAACAGAUGGUCAGAAAUAUUGAACAAGAAAAAGCUGUUGCUCAGCAGGAGACUGCUAAACUCGCCGAGUCUCUUAAAAAUGCUGAGCAUAUGACUAGAAGAGCAAAGAAAGAAAUUUACAAAUUGAGGGACAUAUUGAAGCAGGUUAUAAAAGAAGCGAACGCUGCAAAAGGUGCUGCUGAUCUAGCUAGAGAUGAAAAUUCUCAACUCAAAGAUUCCCUAGCUGAAAAGGAGGAAUCACUUUGUUUUCUUACGCGAGAGAAUGAACGCCUUAGGAUUAAUGAAGUUGUAGCUCAUGAAAAUGUCAAGGAGUUAAAACGGCUGCUUUCUUCGUCAUCACUGAAAAUUGAAGACAAGGAUCAAGAAGAGGAGAAACAUUAUGAUCUCAAACUUAGUGAGGUGAAGCUUCAACAAGAACAGGAAAAUUUAGAAGCAAAAAUUCAAGAUGAGGAUCCUGAAAAGGCUGAGGCACUUAAGGGCUCAAUAUUUGAUACAACAAAACAGGUAUCUCAUCAUCGGAGAGCGUCUUCAUCUGCCUCUUCAGAUGAUUUUGGAACACCAAGAACAGAAGAUUUUGAUCAUCCAGAUUAUAAUCAUCUCGAUAAUUCGGAUAGUGGUAGAAGUCCUAGCAAUAGUCGGAGGAAAAAAGCGUUGUUUCGAAGAGUUGGUGACCUCAUAAGGAGGAAGAGUUUCCAUAAGAGGGAACCAUCCAGUUAGUAGGCCCUUGUUCUGUAUAUACAACCUGAAAUUAUACAGUUAUUUUAAGUGUUUGAAGUUUUCAUGUUGCAUACAAAAUGCUCCAUUUAUCAGAAGGGCAGCACGGUGCAGUAAACUCCCGCUAUGCGCGGGGUCCGGGGAAGGUCAAGAUCACAAGGUUAUAUUAUAAGCAGCCUUAUCCUGCAUUUUUGCAAGAGGCUGUUUCCACGGCUCGAAUCCAUGACCUCCUGAUCACAUGGAAGCAACUUUACCAGUCACGCGAAGGCUUACCUUCAAAAUGCUCCAUUUAUCAGAAGCAAAGUAAUUGCAGCCUGCCAAUUUUUUAUAUCAUCAAGUUGUUAUUUUAGUCUUCAAUAUUAGCUUCAUUAGAUCGAAGUAUGAAUGUCGUUCGAUGUUAUAACACCAUGUACAUACAUGAUUAUAAUCUCAUUUUUAGAUAGUAAUUUAUAAA